AUGGUCAAAGACACACAGUACUACGACAUUUUGGGCGUCGAGGUGACCGCCACAGAGGUGGAAUUGAAGAAGGCAUACAGGAAGCAGGCCAUCAAGCUCCAUCCUGACAAGAAUGGCAAUGAUCCUGAAGCAGCAGCCAAGUUUCAAGAAUUGGGCGAAGCGUAUGGCAUUUUGCAGAAUCCUGACCUGAGAGCUGCUUAUGACGAAUUGGGUGUGGAAGGCAUGAAGGAGACCAAGGCGGGAGCCGAGGCUGCCGACAUUGAUCCUGCUGAGUUUUUCAAGAUGAUCUUUGGAGGCGACAGUUUCAAGGACUGGAUUGGCGAAUUGUCGAUGUUGAACGACAUGGCCAAAACAGCCGACAUUAUGGGCGAAGGCGAGGAGGAGACCGAAGAGACCGAGAAGCAGGCCGAGGAAGCAGGCCAGAAAAUGCAAGAUUUGUCUGUGAAUGAGAAACAGCUGGAUCUGGCUGUGGGUGCUCAUACUGGCGAGGGACGCUACACCGAGUUGAACAACGAGAUAGAGCAGAAGAAGAAGCACAAGGCCAAGCUCAGAAAGGAGCAGCGUGAGAAGCUCGAGCAGUUCUACAAGGAGUCGCAGGAAGCCAAGGAGAAGCGUGUUUCCGAGUUGUCCGAGAACUUGUUGAACAGAAUCGAGAAGUACAGGGUGGCUGCUGGAAACGAGGACGCCUUGAGGCAGUACACGUCCAAGCUUCGAGAAGAGCUCGAGGACUUGAAGGUGGAGUCCUUCGGUAUCCAGCUUUUGCACUUGAUCGGUAAGACCUACACCGCCCAGGCCAAGGCCACGAUCUCUGCUUCUAAAACGUUUGGCAUCACCAAGAUCUACACGUCCAUGAAGACCAAGACCAACCGAAUGAAGUCUGGUUUCUCGAUCAUUAAGACUGCUCUCGACGCUCAGGCUUCUGCCGAGGAAAUGGUCCAGGAACAGGCCAAGUUGGAACAGGCAGGCGUCGAGCUCACAGACGAGGACAAGUACAAGCGUAUGGAGCAGGAGAGAAUCAUGACCGGCAAGUUCUUGAAGACAGCAUGGGCUUCUACGAAGUUUGAGCUCACGGGCGUUUUGAACAAGGUCUCCCACCGUGUUUUGAACGACAAGAGCCUCCCCAAGAAGGAGCGUGUGGCACGUGCCGAGGCCGUGCUUUUCAUUGCCAAACAGAUGUUGCAGACGGAGAGAACUCCCGAGGAGGACGAGGAGGCCCAGAUUUUCGAGGAGAUGAUGGCCGACGCCUCCGCCAAGAAGUCACGUGGCCAGCACGCCAACAUGAGUGAGAGAGACUUUGAGCAGUACUUCCAGCACUACGACCCGGAGGAGGAGCUGCCUGAGAAGAAACAAGUACUUGGCCUCUACAAGAAGAUGCUAGAGAAGGCGUACAAGUUCGACAACUACAACUUCAGAGAACACGCCAAGCGCAGAAUCCACGACUCGUUCAAGGCGAACAAGAACGUGACCAAGGAAGAGGAGAUUACCUCCUUCUACAACGAGGCGAUCAACGAGUUGGCCAUGUUGGAGAGACAGUCGACGAUCUCGCAGAUGUUCACGUUGGACAAGCUCGUUGUUGAGCCUUUGAAGAAGCACCACUGA